AUUUUGGUAUAUUCUGUGAAAGGCCGAAAAUGUCGGAGUGGGCUGACAAACUCUCGUGUUGUAAAUUUCUACAACAGUUGUCAAUUGCUUAAAAUAAUAUAAUAUAUAAAUAAAUGUUUGCCCCGCCCCUUAAUUUCUGAGGAAUGUUAAAAAAUUGACGUGCGUUCCGGUUGUGCGAAUAAUUACAAAUUUAAGAGCCCAAGAAUAAAACAUUUCUCACCUGGCUGUGUCAGUGGUAGUUAAAUUUUAGUUGUUACAUUCAAUACGACGUGAAUAUAUAAAAUACCGCUUACAAUGAUUUUUCAUAAAAAUCAAAUCAAAGUCGAUAUGUAAUUAUUAAAUAAUGUUAAUAUGUAUUAACAUUGAGAGUGCUAUUACUCAUCUGUUGGCUGCUGUUGUCCAUUUAGUUGCCUUAUGAGAAUUGCUGUGAAAUCAGAGUUGGAAUUGUGGAAAUGGAGUCGAUAAGCGAAAUAAUCGAUUCAGAAACGUUUUGUCAUGAACUGGUUGAUGAGUCAACUGAAUUCAUAGCAGUAGGCCCAGGACGAGGAGAUGGCUGCGGAGGAGGACACGCACGUGAACUAGAAUGUGAGUGUGAAAAUGUUGAAACCCUUGUUGUAAAGGGAGGAAUAAAGUAUCUACAAUAUUCAGCAGAUGAAAGUACAACAAGUGAAACGCCAGCAGUAUUGAGCAAUGUAAUGCGAAAACUAAUAGGCGCGCCAACAACACCACAUGAUGAUAACCGAAUACAUAGUCCAGACGAUGAGACCAGAUCUGUUGUAAUGGUAAUCGAUGAGAUGCAAAACCAUAAUGUGGAAACCACGUAUCAACUAGUGCCCCAACAAUCCUUGCAAUUGCAGGGCGGAAGAACUUUACCUCUAUCAAGCCUACUUCCGAUACACCAACACCAGCGGCCUGAUCGCAUGGUUGAAAAUUGUAGUCCAGCUGAUUUUGUUAGCACGGAUCUAAGUCUAGAUGGUCUCACCGUGAGCACAUCAUCCCAAAUAGUUGCUGUCAAAGACGAGGAGGAGCACAGAUUGGUCAUUGUCCAUGGUGGCGAACACUGUGAGAUUAGCAUCGAUAACCCGAAUAGCUCCCAUAUCGAUAUAUCCAGAACAAUUUCAAAUAUCAAUGUCAUUGAUGAGUUAUCAUCCGAUGGCAGCGAGGAGGUCACACUAAAUCAGCAUCAUCAACAGCUUUUGGAAGAACAGCAUCAACACUAUAAUCAUCAGGAGGAGCAUCAGCAAUAUAGUCAUCGCCUUAUCCAUCAACAACAGGAUCAGCAGCGUGGUCAACAAGAGGCGUCUGUUCAGUUGGGAAUCGGUCAUCAUAAUAAUAUAGAACACCAUCACAGGGAGACGUUAUCAGUUAUUGUGCAGACACAGGUCGAUGUGGGCGCAGACGAUGAAGAGGAGGAUGUAGACGACGAUGAUGAUGAUAAUGACGAUGAACACGAUUCUCCCCUAGCUCUAGGCAGCGUUGACAAUUCGUUGGAGCAUAGCACGUAUCAAACGUUGACUUCGGUUAAUAACAAUCACCGCAUAUCACCGCCACCAUUUAGCCCGACAUCGUAUGCAACGUUGACGCCUAUUCAACCGCUUCCACCCAUCUCCACUAUGUCCGAUAAGUUUGCCUAUUCGGGGCAUAUCUCUGGGAGUGCUACAUCGUCAUCUGGAAACGGCAAUAAUAGCAGUAUCAAUAACUGUCGCAUUAAUGGCAGAGGCUCUGCCGAUGGUUCCAGUAAUGAUUGUGCCUCAUUUAGCAGUUUGCCUAGCUUACCUUCAGCCGUUCCACAACAGAGCGGAUCACUGGGAAGCCUGAGUUUAAGCAGUUUGGGUAGAGUUCAAUCGCCUUACUCUUCCUUACCCUAUGACAAGCUACCAUCGUUGAUUUCUCCUCCGCCGCCUCUUAACUAUACACAAUCACCGUCCCAUGGCAUAGGUGGCAUAGUGGGAUCCACUUCACCUGUUGGAGCGAUAGCGCCUGUUUGCGAAGCACUUUCACCACACCACAAUUCCACGUUAAGGACUUCUGGCAAUAUUAACAACAAUCAACAAACUGAUCACCAGACUAUGAAUGUCAUUUGCUUGUCACCAGGGGCUCCAGCUAGCAUAGGAGAUGGUGGCGUUGACAGCAAUUUUAAGUCCUCUACCUUUAGCAAAACACAUGCAUCCCAGACGCGUGAACUUUUGAUGGCCACUGCAACCUCUUCAUCGUCAACAAGCGAUCGAUGUUCCCAAUCGCGCUCACGAUUGCAGCAAUUACAACAAAUCCCCACGCCCCCUAUGCUAAGUCCGCAUUCCGUUACUGCUAGCGGCUCGGUAAUGUCAAUAUCUCAGCAAUCAUCACCGCACAUGAAUGGCGGAACAGUUCCAAGUAUUUCGGUUGAUUUGCCCGUCAUUGAUGCACUUUCGCGACGCCUAUCACCUAUUCCGCCACCGGCUAGAAAUGAUGUUUCCUCAAUUUCUGUUGCUAAUUGCGAUCAAAACUUGGGUCAAAGCCUAGAGCAACAGCGACCACAACUACACCAGGCUGUCAUCAAAACCGCGGAGAGUAACACAAAUAACGGUCACGUUCUAGCCAAUAUUCCAGCUGGCGACCAUCUGAACGUAUGCAUAAGUCAGCAGCAACAGCAAAGACAUCAGCCCAAUGGACCUCUCGCUGAUCAGCAGCAGCAGCCAAAAUCAUCAACAACAUCUGCAUCUAAUGGCACUGUCAUUUCUCGCACUAACACUACUAUCAAUGAAAUGGAGGAGAUCAACACUAAAGAGCUCGCUCAGCGAAUUUCCGCAGAGUUAAAGCGUUACAGCAUACCACAGGCUAUAUUUGCUCAGCGCGUACUGUGCCGCUCGCAAGGCACUCUCUCCGAUUUAUUGCGCAACCCUAAGCCAUGGUCGAAAUUAAAAUCCGGCCGUGAAACUUUUCGGCGAAUGUUCAAGUGGUUGCAGGAGCCGGAGUUUCAACGUAUGUCGGCAUUACGUCUAGCCGCUGCUCAGAUACCGCAGCGUCAAUCUAGUGGAACUACAUCAACAGGCUCCGUGUGCAAUAUUACACCAACGGAAUCAAACACACCGACAUCAUCGUCAACGGUAUCCAACACUGUAUAUCUACAUGCUCCGAGCAUUUCGGCAAACUGUAUGGGAAAUACAUCCGCAUGCGCAUCAGCUUCCGAGUCUACUGGACAAAGUAAUUCUACAAACUGUCGACGUAAGGAGGAACCACAGAUAGAACAAAUGCCUCAACCAAAGAAGCCCCGUUUGGUAUUUACCGAUCUGCAGCGACGAACAUUACAAGCUAUUUUCAAGGAAACAAAAAGGCCUUCAAAAGAAAUGCAAGUGACGAUUGCGCGUCAACUUGGACUAGAGCCCACAACCGUGGGUAAUUUCUUUAUGAAUGCCCGUCGACGAUCGAUGGAUAAGUGGCGAGAAGAUGACAUUAAAAAUAAUAUACAACAAAUGCGUAAUAAUCAUCAGCAAGACGAGCCCGACGAGCGGGAAUCGAAUAUUCACGAACAGUCGUCGCUUGGACACUACGAGAACCUUCAUACAACAGCUAUAUCGCCGCUUGGCACUUUUGACGAUGAUGGAGAAAUGGAUUUGGAUCUAGAAAAUCCAGAUUUUCUCGUCGAUGAACACGAUGAUGAUGAUCAAGACAUGUUGUGACAUAAUAGUAAAUAUAUGGGACAAGUCGUAUGCCAUAAAAGGCUACAAAGCUCUAACAAAAAGCAGAAACAGGAAAAGAUAAAUCACCGAUUUUGCACUUGCACUUUUUCUGACACUCAAAAUCGCUCUCAUCACGAGGAAAAUUGCAAUAUCAAGUGCAGUGACGCAAUACAUUUUGAUGAUAAUACCCAACACCAUCCAAGCGCCAAAGGGCAGAGAUCCACAGCUUCACGGGAACAUUACAUCAAAUCAAUGUCUAAUAAAUUUGGGACAUGCAGAAUAAAUUAUAUGCAGAUCAUCAAUGAUGAAAACAUCUGCAAUAAGGAUGAUGAACAUCAGCAAUUCGAAUCGAAUUCGAAUUACUCAAACUGUAUCGAUUAUUUUAACUUGAGCGAACAAUUAGAUGGUGCUGACGAUGUUGAAUGCUCAGAUAUCCCGUUAUUGUCAAGCAAUAAAAGUUCACCGAAAUUUGUCUCUAUUCGUCUUGGCUCAAAAUAUUUUAAGGAGACUAUGAUACAGCUACGCAAUGAAUCGUUGGUUCACUAAGUCAAUGCUAUCACUAUUUGAUCGAAUUUAUGAAGUUUAAAUCUUUUUAGUUUUUAUGUGUUAAAUUUACUUGUUAUUUCUGCCCCUUAUUUCCUUGUUUGAAUGCAUUUUCAUUGUUCUAGUCUCGUUGUUAUUAUGUAAUAGCUUUAUACUACUUUAUAAUAAAUAUUUAUUUGUUUAUUUAUUAUACUUCGGAAUUCUUUUUU